UUCAAUUUGUAUAGUGAAACACUCUUUGGUGAACGGAGAGAACGACACGAACAGAACAGAAAACCUUAAAAAUGGCGUCGAUUGUCAAGUUAUCAAUUUUUCGGUUCAAGAAAAUUGUCUAAAAAUUCAUCAAAAAAUAAUUCCAAAAUAUUCAAAUUUAUUAUAAUUCAAUAAAACAUUGCACAACGUUUGUAAAUUUAAUAAAAUAUAUAGAAAAAUUUAAAUUUAUUUAGAGUUUUUCUCACAAAAUAAAAAUCAAAAUCGUCGUCGUGGGUGUUUUUUUUUAUUUUAUUUUUCUGUUGUAUAUGUAUGUGUGUGUGUAUAUAUUUUUCCAUGUUUUUUUGCAAAUAAAAGAAGAGAAAAAAAAACGAUCAAUUUUCCCUGAAGGAUAAAAAAUCGAUUCCCGAAGGACUUCUUCUAAACGAAGAAGUGUUUUUUUAAUUUUUUGGGUUUUUUGUAGAAAUUUUUAGUGCAAUAAUUUAUAACAACAACAACGAUCUACAAAAAAUAAGAAGAAGAAAGAAAAAAUUCAACGAAAAAAAAUCUUGUUUUUUUGUUUUUGUGAAGAAAAAAAUAAUCAUCAAUGACCGACUAGUGAUGUGCAAGGAAUUAACAUCUCUCUCUCUUCCGAUUUCGAUAACUUAACAAAUCGCAAGUUUAUUAACCGGAAAUUAUAUUCUUAUGUAAAUAAUGGCGUUCUUGCCUGACCCAAUAUCCUUCUAGAUCUGUUUGAUUACUUUUUUUUUUAACAAAUUGUCCCCCGAUUCCCGGAAAAAAGUAAUAGUUUCUUGAAACAACUUAAAAAAAAAAGGAUUAAUUCAAGAGAAAUCAAGGAACCAUAUAAUUCGUGUAUCUCAAACUCGAGCUUCGUCGCAGUUUGUGUGUGUUCCUCUGUCAUCGUCGUUGAAGUUUUUUCGUGUUCGUUUCCUUCAUCGUCGUCGUGUGUACACCAGCAGAGAAGAGAAGAGCUGUUUGCCAACUAUUUUACCUACACUCCAACCGACUACGUCUCUUUUUUAAUUAAUUAGUUUAUAUUGUAAAUUUGUAUUAUUUUUGUUUUUGUUUAUUUAAUAAAAUUGAUAAAAAAGUAGUGCGUGUCUGUUCUGUGUUGCUCCUGUUGCUGUUUUUAUUGACCAGAGAAUAUAAAAAUAAAGACGCACAAAAAUGUCGACAGAUAAGAUAAAGGUGGCCGUAAGAGUGCGACCCUUCAAUCGUCGUGAAAUUGAAUUGGGAACACAAUGCAUAGUGGAAAUGGACAAACACCAAACGGUGCUGCACAAUCCGGCAUCACUUGAAAAAAUGGAUAGAAAACAACCAAAAACAUUUGCGUUUGAUCAUUGUUUUUUCUCCAUUGAUCCAGAAGAUGGUAAUUUCGCUUCACAAGAAGAUGUAUUCGCAUCAGUUGGACGAGAUAUUCUUGAUAAUGCAUUCCAAGGUUAUAAUGCCUGCAUUUUUGCCUACGGACAAACUGGGUCUGGCAAAUCAUAUACAAUGAUGGGAACCCAAGAGUCCAAAGGUAUAAUUCCACGUCUAUGUGAUGAGCUAUUUGGAUCGAUCAGUACGAGAACAUCAUCAGAACUUUUAUACAAAGUUGAAGUAUCUUACAUGGAGAUCUACAAUGAAAAAGUUCAUGAUCUAUUGGAUCCAAAACCAAACAAACAGUCGUUGAAAGUUCGUGAGCAUAAUGUUUUGGGUCCUUAUGUGGAUGGUUUAUCCCAAUUGGCUGUCACAUCAUACAAAGAUGUAGACAAUCUAAUGACAGAAGGAAAUAAAUCCAGAACUGUUGCUGCAACAAACAUGAACGCUGAAUCAUCUCGAUCUCAUGCCGUCUUUUCGGUUGUACUAACACAAAUUCUGACAGACCAUGGCUCUGGUGUGAGCGGAGAGAAGGUCUCUCGCAUGUCUCUAGUCGAUUUAGCUGGUAGUGAGAGAGCAGUUAAAACUGGUGCCGUUGGUGAUCGUCUCAAGGAAGGUUCUAACAUUAACAAAUCACUCACAACACUUGGACUUGUCAUCUCAAAGUUAGCCGACCAAUCGAUAGGCAAAAACAAUCGAAACGAUAAAUUUGUUCCAUAUCGUGAUUCAGUUUUAACGUGGUUAUUGAAGGAUAAUCUUGGUGGAAACUCAAAGACUGUUAUGGUGGCAACCAUCUCACCGGCUGCAGAUAAUUUUGAAGAAACCCUCUCAACGUUGAGAUAUGCCGAUCGAGCUAAGAGAAUCGUCAACCAUGCUGUGGUUAAUGAAGAUCCAAAUGCACGAAUUAUUCGAGAACUUCGACAUGAAGUGGAGACUUUACGCAAUAUGCUGAAACAUGCCACGGGUUCCCCUGUAGGUGAUAUUCAGCGAGUGGAUAUCCACGAUAAACUAGCUGAAAGUGAAAAUUUGAUGAAACAAAUUUCUCAGACUUGGGAAGAGAAGCUAGUUAAGACCGAACGAAUACAAAACGAACGUCAACAAGCCCUAGAGAAAAUGGGCAUUAGUGUACAGGCCAGUGGCAUUAAGGUGGAGAAGAAUAAAUACUAUUUAGUCAAUUUGAAUGCAGAUCCGUCCCUAAAUGAAUUAUUAGUUUAUUACCUAAAGGAGCGUACAUUAGUAGGUGGCCAUAGCAUUUCUGGCCAACAACCAGAUAUACAAUUAUCAGGUCUAGGUAUACAACCAGAACAUUGUGUUAUUAUAAUUGAAGAUGGUGGACUAUUCUUGGAACCCAUACAAGGUGCAAGAUGUUUUGUUAAUGGAUCACCUGCAGGUGAAAAAACACCAUUGCAUCAUGGUGAUCGUAUUUUAUGGGGAAAUCAUCAUUUCUUUCGUGUGAAUUGUCCAAAAAGUGCCACAAAUACAAAUUUAAGCUCUGAACCACAAACACCGGCUCAGCUUAUUGAUUAUAAUUUUGCGCGUGAUGAAAUCAUGCAAAACGAAUUAAGCAACGAUCCUAUACAAACGGCUAUAGCAAUGUUGGAGAGACAACAUGAGGAAGAUAAGCAAGUGGCUUUAGAGAAACAAAGACAGGAAUAUGAACGCCAGUUUCAACAAUUAAGAAAUAUUUUAUCACCAAGCACACCAUAUCCACCGUAUGCACCAUACGAUCCAUUGAGAUUGGGAAAAAUUACACCCAAUACACCAACUUCACAAAUGAGAGUUGAAAAAUGGGCACAUGAACGCGACGAAAUGUUUAAACGUUCGCUUGGCCAGUUAAAAACCGAUAUAAUGCGUGCAAAUGCUCUAGUCCAAGAAGCCAAUUUCUUAGCCGAAGAAAUGGAAAAGAAGACCAAAUUCAGUGUUACCCUCCAAAUUCCACCAGCCAAUUUGUCUCCAAAUCGAAGGCGCGGAGCGUUCGUAAGUGAGCCAGCAAUUUUAGUAAAACGUGUCAACUCUGGCAGUCAAAUCUGGACAAUGGAAAAACUUGAAAACAAACUAAUUGACAUGCGUGAGAUGUACCAAGAGCACAAGGAGCAUGUACUCUCUGGUUUGCCAAUGAUUGAGGCUUUAAGUGACGACGAGGACAACGAAGAGGAGGGUGGACCACAGAAGCCAUUAGAUCCAUUUUAUGAAUCACAAGAGAAUCACAAUCUCAUUGGAGUGGCUAAUAUAUUCCUUGAGGUUCUAUUCCAUGAUGUCAAAUUGGAUUAUCAUACGCCUAUUAUUAGCCAACAAGGUGAAGUCGCUGGACGACUUCAAGUGGAGAUAUCACGCAUAGCCGGACAGCUGCCGCAGGAUCGAAUGUGUGAAUCGGCUUCUGAUAGCUCCACUGAUUCGCGAGACGAUGAUUAUGAUCCAAGUGAUCCAAUGUCAAAUUCGAUAACAUGUCGAGUUACUAUAAAACAAGCAUCUGGCUUGCCAUUGUCACUGUCGAAUUUUGUAUUUUGCCAGUACACUUUUUGGGGGCACCAAGAAACUGUUGUGCCAGUUAUAAAUGACGAAGUGUUGCCCACUUCUGAUCAGAAUAAGUCGUUCAAUUUUGAACACACCAAGGAUUUUACUGUUUCGAUAAAUGAAGAGUUCCUUGAGCAUUGCAUAGAGGGGGCAUUGUCUAUUGAAGUAUGGGGACAUCGAAGUGCUGGAUUUUCAAAGUCCAAAGGCUGGGAAGUUGAACAGCAACAAGCUAAGGCACGGUCCUUAGUCGACCGUUGGGCUGAGUUGUCACGUAAAAUCGAACUUUGGGUCGAGAUUCAUGAAUUAAACGACAAUGGUGAAUACUCUCCAGUAGAGGUGACCAAUCGAAAUGAAGUUCUCACUGGUGGAGUUUAUCAGUUGAGACAAGGUCAGCAGAGACGAAUCCAUGUCCGUGUAAAGCCUGUACAGAACUCAGGAACUUUACCAAUAAUUUGCCAGUCGAUUGUGAAUAUUGCUGUUGGAAGUGUAAGUGUACGAUCAAGAUUACAGCGCCCUCUUGACUCCUAUCAAGAGGAAGAUUUAACAGUUCUACGAGAAAAAUGGAGUGAGGCAUUGGGCAGACGACGACAAUAUCUCGAUCAACAGAUACAAAAACUUAUCAAAAAAGAAGACAAAAGUGAGGAAGAACGUGAACGCGAGCUGAGCUUGGUUCAUCAAUGGGUAUCGCUGACAGAAGAACGCAAUGCCGUGCUUGUCCCAGCACCAGGAUCUGGAAUUCCUGGUGCACCAGCAUCAUGGGAUCCUCCAGCUGGAAUGGAGCCCCAUGUACCUGUUCUCUUCCUCAAUCUAAAUGCUGAUGAUUUAUCAGCACAAAAUACAAACGAUGAAUUCUCCAUUGCUGGUUUAAAUUCAAUUCUAUCCAAAGAACAUGGUCACAAGUUCUAUACACUUCAGAUAUUGCAGCAUUUAGACAAAGACGUCUGUGCAAUUGCCAGUUGGGAUUCAUCGAUGCACGACAGUCAGUCACUGAAUCGUGUUACCGAUGCAAAUGAACGAGUCUAUUUGAUUUUGAGAACUACUGUCCGUUUGUCACAUCCAGCUCCAAUGGAUUUGGUGCUGCGUAAACGAUUAAGUUUGAAUAUAUACAAACGACAGAGUAUUACCGAUAGGCUGAAAAAAUUCCGCCUUGUUAGAUUGGAAAAUGCUAUUGCAUUAACGGGGGUAACUUAUGAAGUGGUGUCAAAUAUUCCCAAAGCAUCAGAGGAGCUAGAAGAUAGGGAGUCAUUGGCACAAUUGGCUGCUAGUGGAGAUGAUUGUUCAACUAGCGAUGGAGAGACUUAUAUUGAAAAAUAUACAAAAGGAGUCUCCGCAGUGGAGAGUAUCCUAACCCUGGACCGUUUGCGACAGAACGUGGCUGUAAAAGAACUUGAAACCGCCCACGGACAGCCACUGUCAAUGAGGAAGACAGUCAGUGUACCGAACUUCUCUCAGGCCGUGAAAGACACAGCAGCCACUGGUGGUAUAAUGCGAUUCGAUGUGUCUAUGGAAUCAUUGAUCAAUGUUGGACGUUCAGAAUCGUUUGUGGAUCUUAACAAUACAGACUUUUCAAAGCAAUUUUUAUCACAAUCAGGUCAACAAGGAACUCGAGACUUUGGUGUACGUAAUCGACAUAGUUUUGGUGGAAAGGGUUCCAAUGAUGAUUCACCAGGCAAACCCUUUGGCAUAGGCUCUAUACUGUCAGCUCGGCCCACCUUCCUCAAUCUCAGCUUGAAUUUGAAUUCAUUGAGAUCACAACCCACAAAGCCAUCACCAGCUACAAGCAAAUUAGUUGGACUACGAAUGACAACGUUACACGAGGAACCAUUGGGACAACGUCCAUUAGCUGAAGAGCCAGAGGAUAGCUAUAGUGACUCGGAAUAUGCUGACUAUGAGAGUGGCAAAUAUGCAAAGAACUUUAAAGCGAAGUCUAGGCUAACAUCGUCCAAGACUAUGGACUCAUUCAUGGAUAUAAAUAAUUCACAAACAAGCAUGAGUUAUACUUCGAGUGCGAAUUCGACUUUGAAACAUUUAACUGGCAUAGGGACACCUAGCAUGAGUUCCUCGACUUCAAGUGGCUAUGGAUCACAAGCCGUAUCUUGCAGCAAUCUCACAAAUGAUGACACAGUUUCCAUGCGUUCCAUGAGUAUCGAUGAAACUCCAGAUUUCGAUCGUGUAAACUCGUGUUCGCCACCAAAUAAAACAUACAACUCGGCAAUGUCUAUCAGCAAUAACAUCGACAACAUUCCAACACCUUCGGUAAAUAGUCGUCAGGCACGAUUCAAUCCGUUUUUGAAAGAUAUGCCACAAACAUUAAACAAGAGUGCAAUAGCAGAUGUGGCCACAGCUCCUACAGCAACAGCAGUGGCGGCGACGCCAGUUGAUGAACAACCCAAUUUAAAAUGUCUAACUCCAACGAAAGAUCAUCCAUUAAAGGAUAUCGAUGAAUCUGAAACUCUAUCACAAGACUCACAAUUUAGUGAUGAUAAUAAAAAUGAAGCACAAAUUCCAGAAGAACCUGCCACAGCCAUGGACGAAGAAGAAGAUGAAACAUUAAUGGCAGUUAGUAGUGAUGAGAAUAAAAAUGAAGCAUCCGAACUGCAAAAGGCUGAGGACAAUCAAAAUGCAAACGAAUUAUUAUCGAAUGCAAAUAAUAAUAAAAUAGAAGAAGAUGAAGAACAGCAAUUAGAUAACCAGAAGAGCAAUAUACAUAAUGAAGGAACUGGUAUUGUUAAGACACAAUUGCCACCGGGCAAAGUUGUACGAAGAAAAAAGACGGCGACAGUUAAUCAAGUUCGUUCAAAUAGUGGACAUCGAGCAUCACUUCCCAUGAUGAAGUCGUCAGUUGAUCUAACAUCAUCGAAUGAUAAACUUAACGCUCAAUUUAAUAAUAUGACAAGCAGUGGCACAACAGACUCUUCAGAGCGAUUAGAAGAAGAUGGCAAACAUCAUGUCGAAGUUCCAUUCCCAGAUUGGGUAAAUGUUGGAGAAUCAGUUCUCAUCCGGCCCUACAACACCAGUGGAAUUAUAAGUUUCAUUGGUCAGACACAUUUUCAAGGUGGUACAUGGAUUGGUGUUGAAUUGGACACACCAACUGGAAAAAACGAUGGCAGUGUGCAAGGCAUUUCGUACUUUCAAUGCAAACCAAAACAUGGCAUUUUCGUUCGUUUCGACAAACUGAUAUUAGAUAAACGAGGUAAAGGAAUGCGCCAAUACAAAGCCGAAAAGAAUUCUAAAGCUUUAGAUGCCAAUAUUUCGAGGUCACGAAGCCGCGGUGAGUCGAUCAACACGCUCGGCACAUCGCGCAAAUGAUUAUAUCCGAAAUGUUCGCAUCAAGUGCAGCGUCUCCAUUGCUGGGGAGAAGCUGAGGAGCAGGCGUCAUCGGCGACUGCUCCAACUGCCCUCAUUGCCAGGUCUUGCAACAGAAUCGUUAAGAACGUUGCUGCUGUAAGCCGUCCAAAUGCGAACAUUUCUUCUUCUACUACACACACAAAAUCAAGUACUGUCACACGGAGCUACAACAGGCGUUCAACUGCAUUUUAAAAAACAAAAUAAAAAAUAAAACAAAAAAUAAGGCGUAAAAAAAAAGUAUCUCAAGAAACUACAAAAACAAGAUAAGCAAACAGAAAAGAUUCUUUUUUUAAUAAAAUAAUUUCAGACCUUUUAAUUUUAUUCAUUUUAAUUAGCUUAAUUAAAUUUAGUGUAGAAUGUAGGAAUAGAUAAAGAAGAGAUACAAAAAAAAAACAAAACGAAACAAAAAAAAUCUACAACAACUGCUACUACUAUAUUAUGUACUACUGAAAGACAGAUUAUUAUUAUUAUUUGUGUUAACAAUUAACUAUAAUUAAUUAAUUAUUGUAACAUAAUGCAUUAGUGUGUGUGUACUCCGAAACAAGAGAACACACACGGUAUUUAUAUAUGAAUUUUAGGUUUAGAUUGUUCGACUAUGUCGUCGGAAAAAAAAUAAAUAGUGUUUGUAUUUAUGAAAAUGUCUCUUACAUAGAAUAUAUCAAAUUUUAUUUCCCUUGCUUUUAUACAAUAUAACAGAUAUAAUUGUGUUUGUUUUCCAAUUAAAAAUAUUUUUGUUUAUUAAAUACAAUAAUGUUGUAUUCACCCAUACAAAUAGUAGAAGGAAAACGAAAUGAAAAAUAUUCUUUUAUUUUAUUAAUUAAUUAUAUUGGCUUUGUUCCUCUUUAAUUUGCUUCCAAACAAAUCAAAAUAAGAAAAAAAAUGUGUUAUUUGUGAUUAUAAUUAUACGAAUCAGAUUUUUUUUUUAUUUUAUCAUAUUAUAUAUAUAUAUUUUUUUUUUAUAGUAAUGAUGAUUAAUUUUACAAUCAAAGUAUUUUGUUAUACAUUUAAAAAAAAAAAUAUUAUAAAGAUACAUUAUAGUGAUGAAAGGUUUUAAUUUUUGUUUAAUAUUUUAUUUUUUUGCCUUUUUUUUAAAUACAUAUACUUACUUUAAUUUGCUUUUUGUUUUUAUUUUAUGUAGAUUUGAGGAUAAAACAAUUUAUUUGAAUUAAAGUUAAACUGUUAUGUGAUCUAUUUUUAAUUUAAAAUUAUUUAUUUGUGUUUUUAUUUCAUUUUUUUUUUAUUUUUUCAGAGUUGUGUUUUCUGUGAAAGUUCCUUUUUUUGUUGAUUUUAUUAUUAUUAGAAGAAAUGAAUAAUUUUUGAUAAAUAAAAAAAAAAAAAAAUGCUUCGAAGGCGAUAUUUGAAAAUAUGUAAGAACGUUUUAGGACUCUUGUCUCGUAAAUCGUCAUGAGCUCCAACAUUAAACCACUUAGAUCAUGGAUAUUGAUUUUUUUUUUGCGUAUACGCCACAGUGACCAAACUUACAUUUUCGAACAUGUGUACAUAAACACAAUGAUUUCCGUAGCCCUUCAAAAAAAUUAUAACAGCUGCAAAGCACAAUCUUAUACCCCUAUUGCAAAUCGCGAGAAAAAUUUUGCCAAUCAAAGUACAUAGUUGUGUCUAAAGUAAGGCUAAUAAAAUUUUUUUUUUUUGGCUGCAUUAUGGAACAGAGGUCGUAGUUUUCUAAUCGGAACACCACGACAUGAGUGCUGGCUAAAUCGUUCGACUUGAGUCGAGGUUUCGACUCGCGAGUCAUUAUAGGGGCCUUAAUUUAGCGCGUCUUUGUGAUUUGACUAUGAAAUAGUAAGUCUUUUUAUAUGCAGUGGUCUUUCGAACAACAAUUUCUCAUUGUUUUUUGCUGAACCAUUAAAAAUUCUGAAUGAAUUUCCUGAUGUUUCUUGGUGCCUUCAUGGAUGCAUCACCCAGUUUAUGGAACACGGGUUCAUUUUUCAGAUUUCGACUAGGAUUCCACAUUCACAAAAAAAAAGUAACCAGCAAUCAAAAACUUGAUAACGGAAUUACAUCUUGGAAGUCGUUGGAGUUAAUUCCUUAGUCAUGUCUCAUGUCCUUUGCAAGAUGCUGGCAAGACAUAAUUAGGAAUUCUUAGAACAGAUUAUGUGAAUACAAAUUUUAUGUUUCCGAUAUCUGAUAACUUGAGCUCUGCACAAAAGCUUCCUUUAAAAUUUACUGGUAUCGGCAGUAAAAUUUAAGAGCAAUUUGCUUCAUCACUAAUUUUUCUGGAGUGGAUUUCAGGAUUCAAGAAUUAAAUAUAAACAUCAACCAGGCAAUAAUGAGUGCUUGAAGACAUUUCAACAAUUUUCUAGUGAAGUUGGUGUUGAACGCAGGGAAGAAAAAUACCAACAUUGAAAAACAUGAAUCCUUUGUUGAUAAAAAGCCUAGGCAUUUUCGCGGCAUUUAUAGCGAUCAGUCUUAUUUUGAGUUUCACUUGGAAAACUUUUCACUCGAAAUAUUUUUGUUCCCCGUAUUAAAAAAGCUAUUGUGAGUUUCAUCCGAACGGAAUUCACAUUUCCUGCUAAAAUGGUUAAUAUUGAGCGAACCGUUCGCACAUGGUAGAAUAUUUAUUUAUUUACGAAGUACAGAAUCUCAGUCCGGAAUUCACAAUGGGGAAAAGUGUAUUUUAACUUUUUCAGAUUCAAUCUUAUUCAAAUGAAACUGACAAUAGGCUAAAUAUCUAACAAUGCGACAAAAUGGUCCCAAAGAAUUAUUCAAUGCAAAUGAAUAUUACGAUUUAACGAGAAACAAGAUCAUAUUUCAAGCUAUUAUGAAUCCCCAAUUAAAGUGCUGCUGUUAAAAUUGGGUUUAAAUAAGCUUGUCAUACGUGAUAGCUGCAUUUCUGCUUUCAAGGAACGAAGAAAAUAAUGGAAGACAUUUAUAAAGGUAAGACACAAAGUUUGAUUACUUAAUAAUAAUUCUACUUCAUAAAAAACCAAAAAAAAACUAUGCAUUACCUCAAUAUCACAAAAUUUAUAGAAACUAACAUUCUUAAUGACAAGAAAUAUGUUAUGUCCAAAAACAAAUAUCGUCCAUACAGUGAAAGCUAAGCAGAAGCAUUUGCUUUUUCCCAACUUAACAUGAGUCUACAUUGACGACUCAAAAUUAAAAUGUGCAAUAUUUAUAUAUUCGUUAUUUAGCUUAAAUUUAUUUCUAAUUUUUUUAACCAUUUUGUUAUUUUAAUUGGCUCGCAAGUUAAGUAAAAUAAACCAAAAAAAUAAAAUUAAAAGAAAAACUAUAUAAAAGUAGAACUUAGAGAUAACAUCACGUAAACGCAGUAGCUAGAGUGUAGUUGAUCCAUAUAAUUUAUAAUUUUAAGAGUGCAAUACAUGAAAUUUAUUACAAAAAUAGAAAAAAAAAUAAUCACUAUACAAAAAUAAAAUUCAUCCAUUUUCUCUUAUUAAAAAAUACAAAAAAAAUAUUCUAUAAACCAUUAGGGAAAAGAUUUGAAUAAUCAUAAUAAAAUAAAAAAAAAAAAACUUAAAAUGCACGAAAAGAUAAAAAUGAAAUUUAAAAUUAUAUAAUAAAAUACAAAAAAUGCAAUCGGCUUUGCUUCAUUCUGCCGUACAAUCCUUACACCCUUUAGAGAGUGGCAAAGUGAGGUAUGAAUGAUUAAAUAAAAUAAAGUCAAAAAAAUAUAUAAAAACAGUUGUGUAUCAUUAUUUAUUAAAAAAUAUUAAAACAAUAUUUACAAUAUUCAUACAAAAUUAUUCAACGUUUGCUCAGACGCCGCCAUCUCUUAAGGUGUUAGUAAUUUUUCUCUCUAUUAGCCGAUUGAAUGUUUAUAAACAUUACUGCACGUAAAAUGAGAUAAAUAUUUUAACAACCAUUUAAAAAAAUAUGCAAAAAAAAACUUAAAUCCGACCUUGAAAUGUAGCUCAAAAGAAAACUAAAAAAAAAAAGAUAAAGAUACAUUACAAUAAGAAAAACCAAGAUUAACAAAAAAAAAAAAAAAAACACACGUAAUUGUCCAUCCAACAAAAAAAAAAAUGUAACCAAAAAAAAUAUAAUAUGUAAAAGAAAAAAUAACGUCUGAGAUAUUUGAAAUUCGAUACAAUAAAAUGCAAUUUACAAGAAACCAAAAAAAAAAAAACAAAAAUAAAAGGAAAAAAAGAAUAUUUUAUUGUAAAAUCC